ACAGGAAUGCAUCUCCAUCCUUUAACAAAGCACAUAAGGAUAUUUGGCUACAAUGUUGUUAUUUAUUUUAAUAAGUGCUUUCAGGAGGUGGAAGAUGCUCAGCAGGAUUGCCACCCAGCAGCACUCCUUGUUACGCUGCGCAACACGCGCCUGUGAGCUGCAGUCUGAAGUCUAAUUUAGCAGAGUUAAUAAACAACAGAAACCCGUAAAUAUCUCGGCAGAGGAACAGGCAGCCUGGUUUGGGCUGCAUAUCUCGGCCAUCGGCUUAGACAAGUGGCAUCCACCGCCUGGCUUGCGAGGCCGCCCGGUCCUCUCUCCUGGCAGCUUCGGGGGCUUUCCUUGCCGCUCCAAGGCAAGCGGAGGAGGAAGAGCCGCAGCAGCUCCUGCCCCGCGGCCGGAUCGGGGGCCGCUGGCCAAGGAUAUGAUGGAGCUCCUAGAGGAAGAUCUCACCUGUCCCAUUUGCUGCAGCCUAUUUGAUGAUCCUCGUGUCCUGCCCUGUUCACACAAUUUCUGCAGAAAGUGUCUGGAAGGAAUUCUUGAGGGAAACGUGCGGAAUGUGCUUUGGAGGCCGUCCCCUUUCAAAUGUCCCACAUGCAGGAAGGAAACUCCCGUUACUGGAGUCAACAGCUUGCAAGUCAACUAUUCCCUGAAAGGUAUCGUGGAGAAGUAUAACAAAAUCAAAGUAACUCCGAAAAUGCCUGUAUGCAAAGUGCACAGUGGGCAACCUCUUAACAUUUUUUGCCGGACAGACAUGCAGCUGAUCUGUGGGGUUUGUGCUACCCGUGGUGACCAUACAAAGCACGUUUUCUGUUCUAUCGAAGAAGCUUAUUCCCAGGAGAAGCGGGCUUUUGAAACCCUGUUUCAGGGCUUUGAAACUUGGCGUUGUGGAGAUGCCCUCUCGCGGCUGGAUACCUUAGAAACCAGUAAGAGGAAAGCCCUGCAGAUGCUGACUAAAGAUUCUGACAAAGUGAAGGAGUUUUUCGAGAAGCUGCAGCACACGCUGGAGCAGAAACGAAAUGAGAUUCUUUCUGACUUUGAGACCAUGAAGCUUGCAGUGAUGCAGGCAUAUGAUCCAGAAAUCAAUAAACUGAACACAAUUCUGCAAGAGCAACGGAUGGCUUUUAACAUCGCGGAGGCCUUCAAAGACGUGUCUGAACCCAUUAUAUUUCUGCAACAGAUGCAGGAGUUCAGGGAAAAAAUCAAGGUGCUCAAAGAAACCCCUUUACCUUGUUCCAGUGUGGACAUCAGCCCUACAAUGAAGAGCUUCGAUACUAGCCAGUGGAAUGGAAUAAAACUAAUCGAUGUGGACAAACUUUCCUUGCCUCAGGAAAACACCACUCUGAAAUUCAAGAUUCCCUCAGUCUUUUCGCGCAGAUUUAUAGUGACCUCUCUUAUUUGCUUGCUUAUUCUUGCUGUCACCAGAAUGUCCUUCGUGGAGUCAGUCGUUGACAAUCUCCAGGGCUGGAAAUCUCAAUUCUUUACAAUUAGCUUGUCCUAUUUGGCAGAUACAGUGGAGAUAGCAGAUCAUGCAGUCUUUUACUGGGAACAGAUGACAGAUGGAGCUUCACUUCUAAGAGAAAAGUGUAAAAACUAUACGUUGGUCGUACUGGAUAAUGUUGCACAGUUUGUGUGCAAAUAUAAACUGUUGUGAAGUCCCUACUGAAAUGUAAGAACUAAGAGAGAUCUGGUGAAGAAAACAUAGAACUUCUUAAAAUUAAUUGGUUUUUUAAGACUUCCAGUGAAAACUAAAAAGAUUCAAAAUGUUUCUAAAACAUUCAUACUGCUCACGUGGUUUGAGCACUGAUAAACUGGAAGAUGAAAUGGAGCUUUGAAAAACACAUUGUUCCUGGAUUCUUCUUUCAGUGGUGAUUAUGGGAAUAUGAUUCACUGUAAAUCAUUUUUCUUACCAAAAUAUAGGGCCAAACUGUGUACUUAGUUUAAUGUUAAUGUAAUUGUAGAAUAAGAUAAAAA